GGCUGAAGGCGAGGAUGAACUCAAGAAGAGGCAAUUAGUAGAGUUAGCAUUGAUAAAAGGAACGUAUAGAGAUAACACAAACAAAAUUCAAACGAGUAUUGCUGCCACACCACUUCCCUCACCCAGAGCAUUGCCAGCUCCAGCCGGUGCCUUAGUACCCCAGCCGAUGAGAUCGCCCACGCCAGCCGCCCAGGCGCACAUACUGGCACCGCAGCUCCUCCCCCGCAUGGCCGCUACCACCAUGGUCAACGGGCUGGGCGGAGUCCAGGCGGCGCCCACCACCAUGAUGCACUCCCACGACGGCUCCAAUAUCCUCAUGCCCCUGGACCCCUACCAACAGUAUGCCUUCACGCCGACCAUGUUGGAGUACCCACCUACAAUUUCAGAUGGUUCACUUGCAGGUAUAGCACCCAAGCUACGACGAGCCAUCAGGGAUCAUCCUUACCAGAGGGCAAUGCUUGAUCCAAGAGGUUAGUCUCUUCAAUCCAUUUUUGGAUUUAAUUUUUAAGUGUUUUGUAGUUAGCAUCAGUCCAAUUAGAUUGAAUUGAUGUUGUAUUUUCAUUCCCAUUUUUUUUUUCAAGCCCCCAAAGACUGAAAGGAGAGAAUCAUUGCCAGGGACCCUUUGAAAGUUCAGUUCUUUUUUUUUCCUUUUUUAAUCAGAUUCAACUCCUCGGCUUUCAAAUUUAUGUUUUGAAUUUGAAAGGCAUCUUCAAUCUCGAAAAAAUGUGAUUUAUCAAAGCAUGUUGAUUGAAAUGAGAAUAAAAUUAUAAUUUUUAAUGAUAGAGGAUUGUCCAAAGCGUCCCUGGUGAUGAACCUUUUGUCAGUCUCAAAAUGAAGAAGGAAUAUUUUUCUUUUCCUCCCCUAUUUUCAAUCUUUAAAAUGAUUGAUUUUGACUUCCAAAAUGAAAUAGUCACGAACACCUUUGCAGCAUUAAAUAAAAGGAUAAGUCGCAAGAUCUUGAUGUAUUUCUCAAUUAAGGUAGCUUGACAAAAGUCGGAUCUCACUUGGGACACAGUUCUCGGCUUUCUUUUUUCUCCACACAGCGUCUUUUCUUUUUCCUAAUACUUCCGAGUCAUGUAAAAUUAAUAAAUUGGAGAUCGGCAAAGCCAUUGACAAAAGAUGCAGUGUGGGAAAAUUGCGGGUUCAUACUUUUGCCUAGCAGCCUGUUCCUUUGAAAUAUAUCAUGGCUGGGAAGUGUUUCACAAAUAUUCAAGUAUGACUUGAAGUCACACUUACAUGCCUAGUUGAGUGCUGUAGAAAAGGCAUGGCUGCAUUUGUUAGAUCAUGCAAAGAAGACGCGCACAACAGCGUAUUGAUCAAUAAGAUUGCGCGUUGCAUGCAAUGUGCAUGUCUCCAUUUAAGUGCGACUCUAAGUCGUACUUAAAUCUUUGUGAAACACCCCCCUGGAGUCAUGAAAACUUAGUGGCACAUGAGGUAUGAAUGUUGAUUUCAUGAGCAAGAGUGCAAGUGUCGCUUUGUGAAAUCAACAUCCUGGGGCCAGUAUCAUAAAGCUUUUAGAGCGAUUCAUUGUGGAGCUGAUUUUAGUGACUGAUCAUACACGAUACUCAAUGCAAUCAAUCAUAGAAACCAGCCCUACGAUUAAUCGCUAGGCUUUAUAUCACGGGGGCCCCAGGAGUUGAUUCUUGAACUCAGCAUCAAUAAUUAGGAAUAGAAAUGUCCUCAUACCUUGGUCACAUUUGCUCUA